AUGGUACGCAAGAUUGUCAUUACUCUGGCUGUGUUAUUUUCUGCUGUCUUGUCAGCAGCAGCAACUCUCGACAAGAGGAUUUUUGGCGGAGAAGCCGUCAAGGAUGGUGAAUUCCCAUUUAUCGUUACAAUUAUUGACGAUACUUAUGGUCCCUCAUGUGGAGGCAGUCUACUAGACAACACUACAGUUCUAACUGCUGCUCAUUGCUUGAUUUGGAGCGAAGGUUGGCAUAAUAAGACUACGGGCGGACAAGUUAUAGCGGCGAAACCUGUACUGUACCCUGGUUUCCGUCGGCGUAGAAGCAGUAGUCAUCCGCAUGAUAUUGCCAUUUUAAAAUUAUCAACUCCAAUUCAGGAGAGCAAGACAAUUGGCUAUGCGACACUGCCGGAUGCCGGCUCAGAUCCCGUGGUUAAUUCCUUCGCAAUAGUCGCUGGCUGGGGCCGGACAGGGCCGCAGGAUGAUCCACUCCAUCCAUUGAAGAAGGCUACUGUUUCUAUUCAAGCUCGUGAGGAGUGUUCAUUCGGGGGACGGAAUGCAACUGACAACGAGGAUGAAGUAUGCGCUGGUGGGGAUGGCAAGGAUGCAUGCCAGGGUGACAGCGGCGGUCCUCUUAUCGACAAGGAGACAAGACAUAUAAUUGGUAUUUCAUCCUCGUCAUCCCGGGGUGGUACUUGCGGCGUAUAUCCAGGGCUAUAUACCAGGGUCAGCAGCUACAUUGAUUUUAUUCAGGAGAAUCUUGGGGUGUCUCAGACAACAUCUAGUGUAAAGAGCUAA